CCCCACCAUCAAUCCAUCACUCCGAAACUUCCCCAUGCAGCGAGCGAGAGAACAAUAUGGCAAUUGCCGUGGACCAGAAGAGUGCCACUAUAGGGAUUUGUGCAAAGAAAGCUACUUGCUCACCAAAAAAUUGACAGUUUGUCUCAAGCAUCCAACGAGAGAUAAAUUUCUUGCACCGGGCGCGAGCGAGACGGACAGACAGAGAUGGCAGAGGAGAGAGCAACGGAGACUCCGUCGCGGGAGGUGGCCAAGGAUGCCGCCGCCGGCGAGGAGGAGGCACGCGCCGCGGGCGUGAAUGUGCGAAAGGGGAGUCGCAAGAGGAAGCGACAGGCGAACAUGAAGUGGAGCUUCAAGAGGCAGAAGUGCCAGGCGAACCAGGAGAAUUGCCACCAGAAUAGGAAGCACUUCAAGAACCGGCGACUGCAGGUGUUCCCGCCCAUCUCGAAGUUCUUCCUGCCGGACAAGCGUCCGCGCAAGGAGCUGAUUGUGCCGCCGACCAAGUUUCUGCUCGGCGGCAACAUUUCCGAUCCGCUGAAUCUCAGUGGGCUGCAGAAUGAGGGCAUCAGUGCCAGCAUGAACGCCGCGACGCCCAAGAGCUCGCCGAUGACCACGCCGCCCAAGGUGGAGGUGAUCAUUCCGCCGAACAUUCGGGAUCCGCUGCAUCUGCUGGAUCCAGUGGACAGCAUUGAGUACGAGAAGCAGCUGAUUUCGCCCAUGAAGCGGCGCUCGAAGCACAGGAACAGGAAGAAGCGGAAGCGCGUCGAGGACGAGCGACCGCCGAUGGUGCAGGGCGCGCGCGAAGAGGUGGAAACGGCGGAGGAUCAGCAGCCAGUGUCGGGAGACGAGCAGAAGCGCGCCAGCGAGCGCGAGAGGGCGGUGCGGGAGCUGAAGCUGGAUCUGAUGAGUGGCGAGGGGCGCAAGAGGCGCACGAGCGAGGGUCCGAGCAGUGGCGGCGGGAAGCCAAAACUGCGCCGCAUGGACUCGAUGGACAAGAUCGUGAGUCCGGUGAUUCCGCAGCCGGGCGCGUGGAAGAGGCCGCCGCGGCCCAUUCCUGCCGGGCCCCAGGGGGGCGCCGUGAGGAAUCGCACGCGCACGCACUCGCAGUCGACGCAGGCGGAUGAAGCGGAGGUGCAGAGUCCGCUGGAGGAGGUGAAGGAGCCGCUCAGGGAGGAGAAGAAGUGCGUGGAGCAGGCGGAGCCCGAAGUGGUACCGGUGAAGCCAGAGGCCAAAGAGGACGUGAAGAAGCCCAGAUUCAAGGGGAAGGACGAGAAGUUCCAGUACGGCAACUACGACAGAUACUACGGCUACCGGAAUCUCAAUGAGAUGAUGGAUGUGCGGCUGAAGGUGUUCAUGCGGAAUCCCUUUCUGUUCCAGAAGAAGGACGUCCUGGACAUUGGCUGCAAUGUGGGACAUCUCACCAUUGCCGUGGCGAAGAAUCUCAAUCCCAAGUCAGUGAUGGGGAUUGAUAUUGAUGCGAAGCUGAUUGAGCGCGCGCGGAAGAAUCUCUCGCUGUACGUGAGGAUUCCCAAGAGUCCCAAGGAGACCAGACAGCAGCAGGAGGAGGAGGAGAAAGUGGCCGAGGAGCAGCAGCAGCAGCUUUCGUCGGUGGUGAAGUGGAACAAGAAGCGCGUGAGGCAUCAUGAUAGGAAGUCAGAGUACUUUCCCAGUUCCUUUCCGCUCUGCUAUGGACCCGUGCCGGAGAUGAGUGGUGCCGAUGACAGGCACAGUGAUUCACCCAGAUUCCCGCGGAAUGUCUUCUUCAGGACACUGAACUAUGUGCUGAAGGAUGAGAGUCUGCUCGGCGCUGACGCUCAACAGUAUGACUUGAUAAUGUGCUUGAGUGUGACCAAGUGGAUUCACUUGAAUUUCGGCGAUGCCGGACUGAAGAUGGCCUUCAAGAGGAUGUUCAGUCAGCUACGACCGGGCGGCAAGUUGAUCCUGGAGGCGCAGAAUUGGGCCAGUUACAAGAAGAAGAAGCGACUCACGGAGACAAUCUUCAAUAACUACAAGAGCAUUGAGUUCUAUCCCAACAAGUUCCACGAGUAUCUCUUGAGUCCCGAGGUGGGAUUUAGUCACAGCUAUGCCCUGGGUGUGCCGAGGCAUCUCAGCAAGGGAUUCAGGCGUCCCAUUCAGUUGUACGUGAAGGGCGACUUCACGCCUAGUCAGGUGAGAUGGAGCGACGCUCAUCAUCCGCAGACGCCAUACACGCCUUAUCGCGGCAUCUACGCUGAGAUGAUGCUGCCGCCGCCGCGCCAGAAUUCCGCGCACGGCCCGCCGUCGCAGAGUCUCUCGUCCACGUCGCAGUACUACAAUCCGCUGGAGACGGACAGUUACCUGCCCAGCUAUGACUCGGAGGUGCCGGGGCGGCGCUACUGCUUCGUGGCGUCGCCCGUGUACACGGGCGUGUGGUCGCCUCCGGCCAGUGGACGCAACUCCACCUCGCAGACGCCCAUCUACGGCGGCGGCAGCACGCGCGAGUGCGAGACGGAGGACGGCUACGGCCGGCGCCACGUCUAUCCGCCGGGCAUGAGCACACGCAGCGUGAAUGAGGACGCCGAGGGCGUGGAGCACGUGUACGCCAUCGAGGAUGGCAACAGCUGUGAUAACUCCUCGUCGCCGCAGAUCGCCAAUCAGCCGUCGGACGCGGAGGAGGAGUCGCAGCCGCCGUUCGGCCAGUCGCCGCAGUAGAGAGAGUGGCGCGCGCGCCGAGGAGAGCAAAGUGUACAAAUUUUCUGGCCACCCCUUUUAGCAUAAUGCAUUUCUACGCCUGAGCUUUGAGGACAAGCAAUGUUGAUGAGAGUGAGUGCUGAAAAUAAAGCUUCCCAGCUUCAUGGAA